UUUAUACGUUAGAAAAAUGAGCAAAAAUUAUAUUACAGUGCUGGUUCUCCUGAUGUGGUACUUUAUGAAGUCAACACAUGUAUCAGGAGUGAAAAAUAUUACACAUGGUAUAUCGAGGCAUAUACGAUCUAUCGGAUUUCCCGAGGGUAGCAAUACAGGGAUAUUUUUCGCCGUGGGAAUUCCUGUAGAUAUUCCAGACAAAUCUAUAGCGGUAUCAUUUUAUUUCGAAGCUAAUUAUGAAUUACCAUCCGAAUUCAAUUCGACUUACUUUUACGAAGGAAGUUAUUAUACAAAACGAAGUAUCAAUCGCCAAUUAGUGUAUAAGGUGAUCACAAGCAAAAUGGACAGCCUGGGCUAUCCUGGACAAGAUUGUUUACUAAAAAUAAUCUGCGAAGCUGAGAAAUACUCUUUAAACAAAAACGGUGUGCUUGGCGAUAUCCUUCAAGUCAUAUUCACACCUUCUAUGUCGAUGAGUGAAAAUCUUCCGGAUGAAAUCAUAGAGGCCGAAUAUGAACAACAUUGUGAUCAACAUUACAAUAAAUGUCCUAUGAAUCCUUUAGACCUAAUAAGCCAUUUUAUCACUACCGAAUAAUUUUUUUUCUGAUUACAUCGGGAAAAAUUUAUCAUAUGUGAAAAAUUUAUCAAUUCGAAUAGCCUGUCUGUCGAAAGAUCAUUCAAAAUAUUCAAUGCAACUGUUACAAUUAUUAAAAUUUGUGGUGAUUUCUCUUUUCUUACAAGAUGUCGAGUACUACCUUGGCAAAUUUUGAUAAUGUAAAUAAGUAUAAAGUGGUAAAAAAUUGAGAAUAUUUCUCAAUUUAUUAAUAUAGCCUAACAUCAAAUUAGUAACAAAAAUUACAAAAAUUGGGAAUGUUUUAAUCUGCUCUUUUCAUAUAACUAGGUUGCUUUGUUCGUUUCUUCUUAAAUUUUAAUUU